CGUUCAUUCGAAUACCGCCUCCGCGACUCGUCCUUUAUUCGAAAGCGUGUGACCUCGUUUCUUCGGGAUCUCUGUGGUUCGGUUGAGGAUGGUGUGUUUCACUUUUAUAUAGGUUUCGCUUCCUCUGUUCAGACGAGUGGUAGGAAUCGCUGUUGCUCGAGGAGUUCAUCAUCGUAGUGAUGCCCGGAGCAACACCUCCGACACCGUCGCUAUGGAGCUAGACGAAUAUUUCCGAUCUGGGGAGGUACUCGAGACCUCCGAGUUGAGCCAGGUCCUCGACGCAAUUAGUCAUAUUAUCAACUGUCUCUUGCGCCUGUCAAUCGCAAUUCGAGACCCAGCUCCGUACGACCAAUUCCGAUCGCGUGUCGUAGCGGAAUCCGCGCACCUCGAGUUUUGGGAUAUUCGCCAUGUCAGCGAGAAGUUCCCAAACGCAAACAACAAGACGGCCGAGCGUCUCGGCCGGGCCAUGACGUUGCGCCGCCAGUACUUCAAGUAUAGAGAAGAGCAUCAUGGCCGCCUUGCCGAGGGGCUGGAUCCCGAUAUCGAUGUCCCUACAGAUGGCGCGACGACGGUGGCCCCGCCUAUCCCAGGGCAUUUGGUUGAAUCGUCCGACGACCCGCUGACGCUCUCGGAUGCUAUGGCCAACCUCGACGACGCGCUUUCCGACGCCUCUGGCACUUCAUAUGCAGCAUCCCAGUUUGGGGCAGACGGGUUAACAGAGCCCCCCAUACCAAAGGGUUACAACCAAGGCCCAAUUAAAUGUCCGUUUUGCCAGACAAUCAUUCAAGUUGACAACCUGAGUGCGUGUAGAAAACACUUCUACCGAGAUCUCAGACCAUACGUCUGUCUCGCUGAAGACUGUCGUAUGCCUGACCGUCUGUACUCCCGCCGACGGGAAUGGGUCAAGCAUAUGGAGCUGGAACACUGGAGGGUUUGGACUUGUCCACUUGAAUGUACCUCAAUGGCAUUUUCGAAUGUCACGGAAUUCGGACACCAUGUAGUUGACAUCCACGGCUCAAGGUACUCAGUUGAAGAUCUUGACGCAUUAGCAAACCUGAGCAGCAACUCUGAUCCUUGUGCAUCGAAGCGUACCUGUUGAACGCCAAAGAAUAUCAACGCCAUGUCGGGCAUCACCUCGAGCAGCUCGCUCUCUCUACCGUCUCUUCGGCUUUGUACGACGCUGAGGAUAGCGAUGGCGAUAGCGGUGCAGAAAUGAAUCAAGUCGAUGGGUCUGAGAGCAGCAUUGUGGGUAGUAUUAAUGAUAAUGUGGGAAUGGACAAGCAUCGUGACAUGUCAAGGCAAAGUCAUGUCACACAUGUCGA